UCUUCUUUUCGCGCAGUCACCGACGGUCGGUGACCAGCUGUUUUUGUGCCGUCGUUCCCUUUUUCCCGCUGGCUGCCUGACCGGCCACUCGAAAGAUGUUCCGAAUUGGAUUAAAAUUUCCGUGCAACGGUCUAAAUCGGGUCAAAAAACACGGCUGCUCCAAAUUACACCUGACAGCGAGGUACUAUGAAACGCGAGCGCGAGUUAAGUGCGAACCGGAUGGAAGGCUGUGCAAAGAUGUCAGACUUGUAUCCAGAGUUAUUGGACCUAGAUAUUCAACUGCACCAUCAAAAGGCAGUGAAAAGAGUCGAGGAGGUUCUGGAACACUCAUAACUCUAGGAGCUGUAACAAUAGGUACCUUAGGAAUAAUAGCAUAUGCAAAAACUGACCCAGAAUUUCGAGCCACUCUGGAAGGAUGGGUUCCUGGCACAGACAAAACUAUUCGGAUUAUCUUUCAGGAAGAUUCCAAUUACUACAAUCUCAUAUUUACAUUCUUUGAAACACUAAAGCAAACGAUAUUUGGACUGUUCAUAAACGAGAAACCAGAACCAAAAGCAGGUCGGUUACAUCAUAAAAUGGAUUGCAAGCUUACAGAAUACAUACCACCAAAACCAGCAUUUAAACCACUUGUUGAGCAAAAGGAACCGUCUAAAGAGAAGUACGCCGAAGUUCGUGUUAGUAAGGAAAAAGAUGAAAAAAACGUUGUAGUUGAGAAGCCGACACCUUUGAAAAAUGUGCCCGAGGAGUUGCUACCUCAAAAUCUCGUCGAGUUGGAAACACACUGCGGCGAAGCCGCCGCUAAGGCCAUCGCGGCGUAUCAGAAGGCUGUGUGCGCGCUUCAUGACUAUAACAAAGAUGUUGUCAAGUUGGUCGAGAACGCCGGCACUACAAUAAACGAAGCCGUUUGGCAAAGUUUAAAAGAGGCGACGGAAAAGAAAAAACAGAUGAUACAGCAGGCGGAAGAGCAUGCGAGAGACGCGGUGGACUCUCUUAAGCGGAUGUAUAAUUUAAUCGACGACACUGUACUUCAAGCGCCCGCUCACAUGAAAACAGCCGCGAGACGAAACGUCCGAAAGAUUUUGGACGAUGUGGACGCGGCGAAGAAAAAAUAUACCGAUGAGCUGCAGAACAGCGGCGUCUCUGAACAAUUCUGGAAACAGGUUCAGACGGCGCGAGAGAACUUUAACGAAGAAUUGCACAUUCUGUUUCCCAAAAUAAAUAUUCAUGAGAAGAAACUGUCCGUCAGCGAAGAAGCCUUCGAUUUAUUUGUUCUGCAUAUGUAUCACAAGGUCAACAAUUUGCAGAAAGAACUGGAGAAACAGAGGAUAUUGUACGAGAGUAAAAUAAAAGCGGCGUUGAAGGCGGCUGGCGACACCACAAACCAAGAAAAGCUGGAUGCACUAGUUUGCCUCGCAGUUGACAAAGAGAAACUUGCCAUGGAAAGCGAGAACGCGAAAAAGCUGCUGGCGGAGCAGAAGAAGUUCGACGACGAGAUGCGGCGGCAGCUGAAAUUACAGUCGGAGAUACACGCCGAUCAUCUUCGAGAGGCACUUUCGGUCAAAGAGCAAGAGUCGCAAAGAACGCUGCAGCGCGCGCUCUGCGAGCAAGCCGACGCUGAGUCCAUAAAGCAUAAGACGCAGCUUGCUGCGGUGGUGGGAAGGUCACGUGCUCUUGUGGCAGCUCUUAAAGCUCGCAUAGAAGAGGAGAAGGGCGCGUCGAAUGUGCAGAUCCUUUGGUCGGCCUGUCAGGCCUUGGCCAGAGCGGUAAAAGUCGCACCACCGGGAGCACCGAAGGAUCAGAUACUUCGACCGCUAGCGCCCGAGAUCAGAGCCGUCUGCAAAGCAGCGCCGAAGGAAGAUCCUCUGGUGCAUGCCGCUCUCCAGAGCAUUCCUGGGGAGGCAGCCAAAAGAGGAGUGCUACCGGAGGACGUUCUUCGCGCGAGGUUCCUCAAGAUAGAGGGUGUGGCGAGAAGGUUAGCCAUGGUGCCUGAGGAGGGUGCAGCUUUGCCUGUAUAUCUCCUUAGCUAUCUUCAAAAUUUCCUGAUCAUCAAAACGGCCAAUCCCAUUCCGAAGUGCGAACUCGAAGACGAGCCAAUCGACGUCGAUUUGCUGAAUACGUACGACAUAUUGCAACGUGCCAGAUACUGGUUGGAUCGUGGCGACUUCAAAAUGACUCUGAAAUACAUGAAUCUGCUCAAGGGUGCGUCCAGGAGCGUCGCCAACGACUGGAUGAGGGAGGUCAGAAUUCUGCUGGAGACGCAGCAGGCAAUUGACAUCCUGCUGGCGUAUGCAGGCGCGGCCGGUCUCAUGUAUCUUGGCGCUGGAGACUCGCCCAAGCAGAAGUAAACACACAAGACUGUCCCGAAACACGAGACGGAGGCAUCUAUAGAAGAACGGGGCGGGGGUGACAGAGGGAAACAGGGAGAGACACGGAACGGGAAGUCGAGCGACUGUAAACGUUGAAGGGGAAAGGAAGAACACAAGAGAAAUCGCUGCCAGCCUUGUAUAGUGAACAAUGUCUUUUCUAGCAAUUAAAUAAUAGGUAUAUUGUCGCCGAGAGAAGCAAAAUGUGUAAAACAGAAUAAUGCGCUUUUCUUUGCGCUUUUCCUUGAAUAAACUCACUCGAAAAUGA